AUUGCCAUCGAGGUCGUGAGGAUACACCCGCCAUAAGAGGACGCUGGCUGGCGGUAUCGAUACGCAGGUGGCGUCAGAGUGUCGAUCGAUAUAUCGAUAAAGCGCAGUGCAGAGACAUUAACCUAAACCUAAGCAGAGGAAUGGAGAAGAAUCUAACGCAGUUAAAAGUGGCCGAACUGAAGGAACGGUUAGUAGCGCUAGGAUUGUCGACCACAGGUACGAAAACGGAACUAGUGAGCAGAUUGUGCGCCGCGGAUCCGUCAGGAGAGUAUAUCGGGAAUUUCCAGAUGGAAGAAAAAUCGCCGGAAGCGGCAUCAGGAGCUGCGGAGCCCAUGAGAAGUGCAUGGGGGAUGGAGGAAUUGGUACGAGAGGUUGCCUUGUUAAAAAGAGAGAGAGAAGUAAUGGAGCGAGAGCGGAGAUUACUGGAGAGAGAAAAUGAGCUGCUGAGAAGCUCGCCAAGUUCAACGGCAAGUUUACAGCAAGCACCUCACAAAAUUGGUGUAAAAUCUGUAAUCGAAUUGUUGUGCGAUUUCGAUGGAGUCAAGCCAUUGUUCUGCAACUGGGAACGUCAAGUAAAGUUGUUAUGUACGACCUAUCAACUAGAUGACAACGCGGCCAAAAUUCUCAUCGGUGCGAGAGUGAAAGGGAAAGCCUUGCAGUGGUUACACUCUUCACCGGAGCAUAUUGAGAUGAGUGUGGAAGAGCUAUUGAAGAAGAUGACGGAUAUGUUUGACUUGCGGCCAAGUAAGAUGGUGCUGCGUAAGGAGUUUGAGAGCAGAAAGUGGAAACCAGGUGAAACUUUUAGCGAUUAUUAUCAUGCUAAAAUCGUGCUCGCAAAUAAUGUGCCUGUAGAAGAAACGGAACUCGUGGACUAUAUUAUUGACGGCAUUGCGGACACACAACUACAGAAUCAAGCAAGAAUACAGCGUUUCAAAUCCAAAGCGGAGCUGCUAGCGGCAUUUGAAAAAAUUACUAUUUCGGAUUGGAAAAAUCGGAGCGGACGGAACGUGCAGAACCAGAAGACAGGCAGUCGAACAACCACUCCAAGUUCCUCUGAGAAAACUGACAAAGACAUCAGCAAGGGUCCACCAAAGAUAGUCAGGUGUUACAACUGUGACAAGACAGGACACUGGGCCAAGGAAUGUCAACUUCCAGCCAGAGAGAAAGGAGCGUGCUUCAGCUGUGGAGAAACAGGACAUGUAGUAAAAGACUGUACUAAAGGUCAGGUGAACUAUGUACAUGAAAUGUCGUCUCAGGAGGAAGAGUUUAAACAGCUGGUAACUUAUAAGCUAAGUAACUCGAAAGUAAGUUACACAUUUCAAUUAGAAACGUUGAUAGAUACCGGGAGUCCAGUUACGUUUGUAAAAGCAAAACAUUUACCUAGUCAUUGCAUUAAUAAAUUGAAUAUUGCCAGUGAGCUUUGCGGUAUUAACAAUAGUAAGUUAAAUAUACAAGGAAGUGUUAACGUGCACAUUUGCUUUGAUGGAGUAGAAAAGAAAGAUUUAACUGUAUAUGUGGUUCCUAACGAUACCAUGAGAGUAUCAGCUGUGCUAGGUAGAGAUGUUUUAAAAAUAUUUGGGUUAAGUUUGACCAAACCGUCCCGUGUAAAUUAUAAUACGGCUGUAGCUGAAAUUUUAAAUAUUGAAGUUAGCAAUGAUACGGACAUUGUGAAUAAGAUGAAUAUAAGUUCGGAAAUUCCGGUUGAAUAUCAGGAGAAAUUAAAGGAAGAGUUUAGGCAUAAGUAUGUUGAAGCAGAGAGUCCGGUAGAGCCAAAAAUUAAAACGGAGUUAAAACUUGUUCUUACCGAUACUAAACCUUUCCAUUACAAUCCGCGUAGAUUAUCACAAUAUGAAAAGACAGAAUUAAAGAAAAUUUUGGAUAAUUUGUUGCAGAAAGGUAUAAUUAGAGAAAGUGAGUCCGAAUAUGCCUCUCCCAUAGUUUUGGUUAAGAAAAAGAGCGGUGAUCUUCGUAUGUGCGUAGAUUACAGGCAUUUAAAUAAAAUCAUUUUGCGGGAAAAUCAUCCAAUACCAGUAAUCGAAGAGCAAAUAGAGAUAGUUGGUAAUAAAUGCUAUUUUAGUAUCUUAGAUCUGAAAGACGGUUUCUACCACAUAAAUAUUGUAGAAGAAUCGCGGAAGUUCACAGCAUUUGUUACUCCGUUUGGAGUAUUCGAGUUCACGAAAAUGCCUUUCGGGUUGAAACCAGCUCCCCAAAUAUUUCAAAAGCAUAUAUAUAAGUCAUUUAAGAAGCUAAUAGAGAGUGGUGAUGUAGGCGUGUAUAUGGAUGAUGUGAUUGUAGCUACGGUAACAAUAGAGGACCACAUAAAGGUGUUGAGUCAAGUUUUUGAAAUAUUAAACGAAAAUAACCUUGUACUCAGAUUAGAUAAGUGUAAGUUUUUAUAUACUAAUGUAGAUUAUUUAGGUUAUUCGGUAUCUAGCGAAGGCGUAGGACCAACUAAAGCGGGCGUGCAAGGGGUAAUAGAUUUCCCCAUACCGCGGGAUAUUCAUAGAGUUCAUUCCUUUGUCGGACUUUGUUCUUAUUUCCACAAAUUUAUAAAAGACUUUUCGGUUCGAGCGAAACCAUUGUAUGACCUAUUAAAAAAGGAUACUAGCUUUCAGAUGGGAGAGCGAGAGUCGAAAUCCUUCGAGGAUUUAAAAGAUGCGCUAGUCAAAGCUCCUGUAUUGGCUGUGUUUAAUGCAAAAGAUAGUACGGAGUUGCAUUGCGACGCCAGCUCUAUAGGGUUUGGAGCGGUGUUAUUACAAAAGAAAGCGGACCGUAAGUUGCAUCCCAUUUUCUAUUUUUCAAAACGUACGACUAAUACUGAGAGUAAGUAUCACAGUUUCGAAUUGGAAACUCUGGCUAUCAUUUAUGCGCUGAGACGUUUUCGCAAUUAUUUGAUUGGCGUAAAAUUCAAGAUAGUUUCAGAUUGUAACGCGUUGAAGCUUACCCUAGAUAAAAAAGAUUUGAAUCCUCGAAUUGCCAGAUGGGCAUUGGAGUUGCAAGAUUAUGACUACACUAUCGAACAUCGCAGUGGAAAUAAGAUGAAGCACGUCGAUGCUUUAAGUAGAAUAACCGAUGUUCUAGUAGUAGAAGACAAUCCUUUCGAGUUUAACUUAUCAGUUUGUCAAAGUCAAGAUGCCACAAUCAAGGAGUUGCGUGAACGUCUAGAGAAAAAGGAGGAUCGCGACUUUGAAUUAAGAAACGGUAUUGUAUAUCGGAAGAUGGGAGACAGCUUAUUAUUCUAUGUUCCUGAAAAUAUGGAAUCUAAUGUAAUAUACAGAUAUCACGAUAGCAUGGGUCACUUAGGAUUAGAUAAAGUAAGAAGCAUUAUUAAGAGUAGCUAUUGGUUUCCGAACAUGAAGAGAAAGAUAGAGAAUCACGUCCAAAACUGUCUUAAAUGCAUAGCGUUUUCGCCGAGUAGCGGUAGAGUAGAGGGGUUCUUGCAUUGCAUCCCAAAGGGAAAUGUUCCUUUUGCAACAAUACAUAUCGACCAUUACGGUCCAGUGGAUAAGCAACGUUUGUGUAAACAAUACAUAUUUUUAGUAAUUGAUGCAUUUACUAAAUUUGUAAAGCUAUAUGCUACUAAGUCUACUACUAGUAAAGAAGUUAUUGUCUGUCUUUCUCAAUACUUUGCGUAUUACAGCAAACCAAACGUUAUCGUCUCGGACAGAGGAACAGCGUUCACCUCUGCUGAAUUUACUGAAUUUAUUGAAAAACAAGAGAUAAAGCAUGUCAAAAUAGCGACUGGCUCUCCUCGAGCUAAUGGACAAAUUGAACGCGUAAAUCGCGUUGUGACUCCGAUGUUGGCGAAGAUCACUGAUAGUUCCGUGGGUGACCACUGGUAUAAAAUGUUAGAAGAAGUUGAAUACGCGCUAAAUAACACAGUACAUAAAUCGACCAAAGAAAUUCCUAGUAAAUUGCUGUUUGGAGUUACGCAGCGUGGUAAAGUCACUGACUAUAUAAAAGAAUAUGUCGAAAACGAUGUAAACGAUAAAGAUCUAGAUUUAGGCAAAGUUCGGGAUACUGCUGCAAAAGAGAUUGAGACUAGUCAAAAAUAUGCAAAAGAUCACUUUGAUCGCAAAAGAAAAAAGCCACAUCAGUACGAAGUAGGAGAUCGCGUAAUGGUGCGAAAUUUCGAUAGUAAGGUAGGCGUGUCAAGAAAGCUGAUUCCGAAUUUUAAGGGUCCGUACGAGAUAUCAAAAAAAUUGCGAAACGACCGAUACGUGGUUAAAGAUAUAGAAGGACAUCAGAUAACUCAGAAACCGUACAUGGGUACGUGGGAAGCGGCGAAUCUGAGACCGUAUGUGGUUUCUGCCUAAACAAAGUCCAUUUGAAGAAUAGUCAUAAAACACGAUCGAACCAAAGAUACUCGUUUGUUUUUGUAUUAUUUAGUGUUAAGUAUAUUAUACCACUGACAUGUAUUUUGAGUUAUGGUUAUGUAUUUCAAAUUGAAUUAUUAUAUAUGUAUUCGGGAAAGCCCGAGACGGGCUAGUGUCAGAAUGGCCGAAUUGUGAGCGUUAGGUUGGUAGUCCGGGAGUGAGCUAGGUUGGUAAUGCGAGAGUUAGGUUGGUGGAAGAAGGGCAGUAGGAAAAGAAUAGGCGGCGAGACAAGAAGUAAAUAAAGCAUGUGCGAGUAAAUGUA